UGCAAAAUUGGAAAAUGUCAUUUCAGUCGCGAAACAGUCGAAGACGGACGCAAAAUAGAUAGCUCCAAUCAUCCAGUUGCGAUGAUGACAUGGUAGUACGAGGCCGACAGCAGAUAGGAUCAUGAACAAUUUGAAGGCACCGUCUCUGCACUCGCUGCUAGAUUCGGACCACGGUUCGAAUGACAGCCUGCUUGCCGAAUCACUGCAGCUAGAUAUAGAGGAGCUGGAUGACGAAGAAUACUCCUUACCAGCGGUCGAUCAGCUACCAACACUGGAAAGUGUCCUCAGUGAAAUCGAUAGUGACUUGGACAGUGCUUCGGCUCUGGGAAGAUGCAUCGUGGAUGGUGUAUCAACAGCUUCUGGUGCAACAGCAAGUGACCGCGGUUGUGGGGUUUUGGGGUCUACUCCGACUCCUUUGCUGAGCGAUGAUUACAUGCGCAUGGAGUCCAUAUUGAGACAUGUCGUGCUGCAGGGAGUUACCGCCCAAGUUACAUCCGCGGUAGAUCGAGUUGAUGCUGGUUUGGCUACUUCGUGUACAAUUUCCCAGAUGAUUGCCGUAGGAACAUCGCAUGGUCACAUCCUGGCGUUUGAUUGUACACAAACGUUGAAAUGGUGCUGCCAGGAUGGAAUCUCCCAAGGAGCGGUCUCAGCGCUGGCCUUCAACGAGGACAAUACUAGAUUACUGGCGGGGUUUGCCAGAGGAAGCAUUCUUAUGAUUGAUACGUAUACUGGAGACGUUAUUCGAAGUCUAAACGAGGUUAUCACUCCAAACACGGGAGUAUUACAUCUGAAGUGGACGAACAAACCGGCGUUGGCGUUAUGUUCCGAUUCGGGGGGUUCAGUGUGGAGCUUGAGUUUUACCAGACGGCUUGGAAUACGAGGCUGUGAUUCGCGCUGUCUCUUUAGCGGUGCUCGGGGAGAAGUUUGUACGAUAGAACCGUUGCUGCUUGGCGAUGAAGAGCAUCCUCUGAAGAAUUAUACCCUUGUUGCGCUGGCCACUUUGAGUAAAUUUUUCGUCGUAAUGAUCCGCCCUAGACUGAAAGUAGUCAAGUUUCAUCCAAUGGCUGGUUAUCCGGAUUGUUUGCCGCUACUGGCCUGGCAAAUGGUUUUGAUUCAAGCAGCUGACUCUUCACGGACCAUUGAUCCUGUUCUGGCAGCCGCCCGGGGAUCGGACCUUUACUUCCAUCAAAUAAGCUACUGCAGUGGUCGGAUUUCGCUUAUCUUCCUUAGGCACAUUCAGCUCAAUUAUAGACUGCUAGCGCUUCAUUGGCUCGGUCCGAAAACGAUCGCCUGUUUGGACACGAUGGAAGUUCUCCAUCUAUCCGAUGUGCGAACUAAUAAAGAAUUGGAAUCCAUCGAAUUGGCCAACGUUGGAUUAAUGUACAAUUCGGCGCAGUUCAAAGGGUUGGCUACCGGGGGUAAUGUGAGUCCAGCACUUGCCCUCGCUGGAGGUUCCGCUUGUUACAACACGGUUGUUUCCCACGGCAAUCAGCUCUAUCUGUUGGCUGGGAAAAGUUUGCACGGAAUAGGUGCUAGGGCUUGGAGUGAUCGGAUAUCAUAUCUAACAUCGAUGCAACGAUGGGACGAAGCGAUCGAACUGGCCGUAGAAGGGUACAGAGCCGCGGCGGGCAGACAUCGACGACAAGCGGUGGCGAAGGAAAGGAUUCUGCGUAUGUUUGAUGAGUAUUUGACGGCUACGAGGAAAACACCCGACGUUUGUUUGGAGGCGAUGGUGGCUUGUUUGAUAGAAAUCAAUGAAAAAAAUCUCUUGUGGCAGGAUUUGUACGACCGCCUUCCAACGCCGGAUCACUAUUUGUCCAUCGUAGCGCAGCACAUCGAAAACGAUGAGCUGGACUCGAUUGCACCGGCGGUCGCUCAGGUAUUGUGCGAUACAUUCUGGCGAAAACGGUCCAUCGUACGGUUGGAGAAUCUGAUCCUUAAGCUCGAUUGGCAGUGUCUGGAUUUGCAUCAGGUGCUAACGAUUUGCCGGAAGGAGAAGAUGUACCGGGCUCAGAUGUAUCUCAAUACGAAAGCCUUGGGUGAUUAUACGAUUUCGCUGACGGAUUUGAUUCCGCUGUUAAAUGACGAAGGUGAGAAUGAUCACCACAAUUUGGGGAACUGUCUAUUGGUGUACAUAUCCAGUUGCCUCGCUGGUCGGGGUUAUCCCACCGGGGAUAUUGCACCAGAAAUGAUUGCCACGGUAAAACACGAGGUCUUGCGCUGCCUCACCGUGGUGCACUCAAAGCAAGCCCCCGAAGGAGAAUUGCCGUAUCCGUUUUUGCGAACACUACUGGAAUUUGAUACGAGAGAAACGUUGAAUGUUAUUUCACUUGCCUUCCAGGAGAAAGAGUUUAACGGCGAGCUCGGGCUGUCACAGCGUCAGCGAAUCAUUAACAUUCUGGUGGAGAUUCUGACCCCCGAGCAUGCCAGUUGGUCACAGAUUGGAUGUCUGCUGAAUUUUAUUGCCCAACAGAUAGCAACCCGACUGCUCCCGGAAAAUGAUCUGCUGCUGGAAAGGGUGGUAAGCUAUUUGACCAGGCAGAGUCAGGAAAGGGAAGACGCUGGGAUGACUCGUAGAGAACAUUCUGAGCAGGAACAGACAUGGCUUGAACUGCUACGUUCCAACUGCUUGAGUCACAUCCCGAAUGAAGAACUGUUACGAAUUUCCAGACAGAGCAGGUGCUAUCGGGUUACCGAAUACAUUUUAGAAGAACUUGGCCGAUAUGAGGAAAUAUUUGACUGUUACCUUUUGGACGAGUUCCGACAUAAUGAGCUAUUCACCUACAUCGUCCAAUACUGCGAAAAUGGAAGAAGACAAGUUUUACCCUUACUCAUGCAGAACUUUAAGCGUAUUCUUGAUAUCAACGCCGAACAAACGACAAGGGUUGUAACUGAGCAUUUCAUGAGACAUUUGAACCGCUUUCUGCAGCUGCUAGAAGAUUCGCCCGAGAAACUGUUUCUUUUCCUCCGACAACUUUUGAAACAGUCAAUUCAGCUGGAGACUCGGGAUUGUGAGAAAUACCUACAGCUGCUCUGUCAAUACCAACCGGACGAAGUGAUCGAGUUCCUGAAAUCAAACGACUCCUACCGGUUGGAUUACGCCGUCAGCACUAUCAGGAGCCAUGGCAUGAGUACGGCGUUGAUAUAUUUGUACGAAAAACAGGGUGACUAUCAGUCGGCUUACGGAAUUGCAGUGGAAGCCCUAAAGGAUGCUCCGGAGAGUACAGCUGAGAUAUGUGCGCUGCAGGUCUCUGGUCUAUGCACCCGUGCUUCCGCCCUUCUAUCGGAAGCAGAACGCGAGGAACUUUGGUUUUCUCUGUUGAAGAUUGUGCUCUCCCGGACUGACCUCACUCAGAUCACGAAAAACAUUCUUACCUCGGCUAGCGAAUUUGUCGAUCUGGCGAAGUUGGUUCAGCUGGUGUUGACGUCCGGAACGAAAACCGGCAAUUUCGGUGACAUCAAACACGUCCUAAUCGGUAUGCUAUCGAAUUCGGCCUACGAAACAGUUCUGCUGGAGACCACUUCACGCAUUCUCGGCAAGGAUCUGCACUCGGUGCUGGAAAGAGAUCGACGCUUUGCCCGAAAAGGUCUUUGUGUGAAAUCGAUCAAGUGUACCAUCUGCCGAUCGAAGUUGUACAAUGCGGCCAAAGAUUCGAUCGUGGUUUUCGGUAAUUGUGGACACGCACUACACAAAGAAUGUGCCAGUCGAUUUUGUACGGUGACCGUAGAAUCACCUGCUGCCGAAGCAAGUAGUCUGACCAGGCUGAGAUGCCCCCGCUGUGACGCGGUAAUAAGUGAGCGGGAAUCGGUGAAAACUUCCGAAUGUCGUUUUGAUCUUAGAAUGACCCGAACUGUUCGUAGCGAUGACGCUGAAGUGCUUAAGGUCAGUGCUCCUCCACGGAUUGGACUGUGAGUCGGUGGGGUCCGAUUGAGAGUUUUUUAUUUUCGUGCAUGUAUCAUUACUCAUUUCAUCGGAGAGUCCGACCGUAAACCGAAAGCCAUCUUCAGCUCCGUUCAUGGUAAGCUUUUAGAAUUCUUGUCCAUACUAUAUCGAUGUAAAACAACACUCUGAAUAAUUUAGGUAAGUUUAAUCAUUUUAACAAAUCUUGAUUAGGCGAAAAUGAACACUGAUUAAACGUUCAUAUAACGCAAAUUCUGUUACAUAGGUUAAACAGUUUAUAUUACUAUUACCAUUAUUUAUGAAAGCUUAAGAACUGUAUGAGUAAAAGUUAUAUGAAACAUUCAACCAAUAGACAUCAAUUCCUAUCAUCUAUAUUGCAGUUAUUUAUCAUUACCGAGAAUAGUCUAAGUGGCAUUGUGCGAUAUAUCGUGCGAAAGCCGUUCGAUAAGCGAAACGAAAUAGGCAAAUAAAUGUUUUGUCAACUGUAAAUGUUCACAGAA